AGCUGGCCUCUUCCUGUACAUAACAGGAAGUCCACUGGUUUGUAUGGGUGUGAUCUAUACAUUUCCAAUCUUGGCAAGAUAAUCACUGAAAGGGCACUUGAGCAACAGUAAGACUCACUCACACAAACACACAGGACUCAGCUUGUUACUCGACACCACACCCUUACUGGUGUUCAGUCUGACACAUUCCUUGCAGACACGCACAGAGAACGGAUGAGACAUAGGAACAGACGAUGGCAGAUAAGGACCUAAUAACCGAUGACCAGAGACUGGAAGUGUCCCCUGGCUCUUUGCUCUCAGUCCAGAGUGGUGCUCUGGAUCCCCUUGUAGAAUAUCAGGCAGUGCUACAGGAUGGCACUCUCUCACUGGUCCCCCUGGACAGUCACGCUACUGGAGAGGGGGUGGUUCAGCCGUACCCUCGCUCCCCAAAGCUGCUCCGCAAGGUGGCUGCAUCCAGACAUCUCUCUGAGGAGCAGCUGUCUAGACGCCUGGAGGAACUGCAGUCAGAAAGAACCAGAACUAAGGCCCACAUUCAAUCUCUGAAGAAACGCAAGGCUGAUCUCUCUAGAAGCACAGAGGUGAUGAAGCACCAGGUGAGGGAGAGGGUCGAGGGCAUGAGGGCCGCCCUGCAGAGAGACCAGCAGGCCAUGAUGGACUCUCUGGAGCUGGACCGCAUAGAGACCAGCGCCAGACUAGACCAUGUCCUGAAGGGCUGGGACCAACACCUAGGACAGGUCCAGAGGAGCAUCACCACUACCCAGAAAUCCCUGGGGCAGACUUGGACAGGGGGCGAUAAACAGAAUCAUCCUGACAAUCUCAGCCAUAAGAAGCCAGAUGCUUCCGAAGCAGAGAUCCGGCUGAACGAAGAGAGGUUUGAGAAGCUUCUGAAAACCCUACGCUCCUUCUACAAGGACCUGAAGGCCCAGCUUCAGAGGAAGACACUGUUGCUGGAUUCUUUCCCAGUGAUGAUGGACAGGCAGACCUGCCAUAGCAAGAUCACAGUGACGGGAGAAGGGCGAGGCAUGUGCUUCUCUGACUUCGCCCAGUCUUCUCCAGAGCACCCUCUCCAGUUCGACAAGGUCUGCUGUGCUCUGGGCUCCGUCGCCGUGACAACGGGCCAACGCUACUGGGAGGCCGACGUCCGCUGCUGCUCCGCCUGGGCUGUGGGCGUGGCCUACGGCUGCCUGGACAGGAAGGGGCGCGACAAAGGCGCCAAGCUGGGGCGGAACAGAAACUCGUGGUGUGUGGAGCUCAGGCAUGGCCGUCUCUCCGCCUGGCACAACGACAGGCACGUGUCGUGCUCCGCAAGCGGGCGAGGGGUGCCAGGCAGGGUGGGCGUGUGGGUGCACUACGAGAAGGGAAAGCUGGCGUUCUACGAUGCCGAGACUAUGAAGGUCCUGCAGGAGUUCUCUGCAGCCCUGACGACCGUGUUUGAUAGGGUGCAUCAUCAGUUCACUGAGCCCCUGUACCCUGCGUUCUGCUUCCUAAGACCAUCAGAGGGACAGGUGUGGCCCAGCCAUAUGGAGAUACGGGACAUCAACACUCCCAUAGCGAUCCAUAAAUGUCAAUAAGCAUUGUUGGAUACGCACAGUCAUGUCCUAUUCAAAGUGUGUGCUCUACUCUCAACUCAUUUCUAUACUGGUUUUGUUCACUCGUAACAAAUGUUCAUCUGAACAAUGCAUUGUGUGACCUUGUCAAAUAAAACUGACCUGAAGUUUA